AGUUUUGCAAAUUGAAUUCCACAACCAAAACGGCUAUCAUGGAGGCAAAACGUUACUCAAAUCUAAAACUGUGUGGAAUUCUGCUAGCAGUUUUUCUAUUUUCCGAAAUUCAGGCUGUGGCUCAGGAUAAAUAUCACAAAUUGGAAAAUUUCGGGACAAUUUUUAUCGACACUGAACAGAAGCACAAUUGGUUCCAGUCCUGGAAUGAAUGUGCCCUAAGGAAUUUAACCCUGAUAACUGUGGACUCGGCUGCCAAAAGCGCUGCCCUAACCUCAUUGUUGAGGACCAAAAAAUUGAAAUUUAAUCUCUUCCUCGGUGGCCAUGACAUGGCCGAAGAAGGACGUUUCGUUUGGCCUUUGACUGGAAAAAGCUUUGAUUUUGCCAACUGGAAUGUUGGCAAUCCGGACAACUACAACGACAAGGAACACUGUGUCCAUAUUUGGGAGAGAACCGAUUACGAAUGGAAUGACACCCAGUGUAUGAACAAAAUGGGUUUCAUCUGCGAAGAGAAUCCAUAUUUAGCUAUGAGUCAUAGGGUUUUGGAAUGAAAAGAGAUUUAAUAAAUCAAUUACUGGCACUGUAGGGUAAAAUUGAAAA